GAAACGUUCGAUCCAACCAUUAUCUAAAAUGUUUCUGUUUUUUGUAUACAGAUGAAAAACUCGUCAUUUGAGCUUCUGCAUAUUUAGAUCGUUAGAUGCCAUUUGUGAGUGUAUUUGAAUUAUAUAGCAGGUGGUGGUGCAGCGACUUGUUUUUACACUCUAUAUUAUUUUUUUCACUACCGACAGAGGGACUUAACACCUGUGGUGUGUCCGCGCAGGUAAUACCGCGGAAAUUGUGAUUUUAAGUGUAGAAACACGUAAACAUCGAGCAUCAGCAUCUUUCAGCCGGCUGAAGCAGGCUUGUGGCUAACAAAAACGGUUAUGGCAGCUACUAGUGUGGUAGUCUUAGAUAGGGGAAAUAAUACUACCUGCACUAUUAAUCUACAUGGUGCCACUGUUGUUUCAUGGAGAGUUAAUAAUCAAGAACAACUAUUUGUAAGCAAACAAGCAGUGUUUGAUGGCAAAAAGGCAAUAAGAGGUGGCAUACCAUUUGUUUUUCCUCAAUUUGGACCGUGGAAUUUUGGUCCACAACAUGGUUUUGCUAGAAUUGUUAGAUGGAACUUAGAAAAAGCACCUGAAAGACUGCCAAGUGGAGAUGUAGAGGCUGUAUUUUCUAUUAUGGACACAGAUUUUACUAGAUCCAUGUGGAAUUAUCCGUUUCGACUGACUUAUAGACUGAUACUCCGAGAAAAAGAAUUACACUUCAAUAUUGCUGUAUAUAACCCAAGUAAAGACUUGACAUUCAGUUUUAAUAUGUUGCUACAUACAUAUUUUAAAGUUCCAGACGUGAGACGUUGUCAAAUUACAGGAUUACAAGGCUGUACUUUUGUGGAUAAAACAAGAGAAGGUGCUAUAUAUCAAGAGGCAAGAGAUGUUGUAACUAUUGGAGAAUGGACUGAUAAAAUCUACCAAAAUACUCCUCAAGAGCAUAUAAUAACCAAUGUUGUGUCUGGUCGUAAGAUGCGUAUUCAGAAAUAUAACUUCCCAGAUACAGUAAUUUGGAAUCCAUGGGUGGAUCAAGCUAAAGAUAUGUCAGAUUUUGGUGAUGACGAAUAUCCCAAUAUGGUCUGUGUAGAAGCUGGACAUGUAUCUAGUCCAGUAAUUCUCUUACCAGGGACAGCAUUUGAAGCUAGCCAAAUUCUACAGGUUAUGUGAAUAGGACAGCAACCAUACAACUGCCCUAUCUUGUCCAUCAGUUUCUUAUAUUAUCAUGAGUAGUAAAGUAGUGUGGAUGUGUUGGUUAAACUGGUGAAAUCAGAUAUUUUUCUGUAUGAUUAUAACAAUUUUUUAUGUAUAGAAAAUACAAUUAACAGGGUAAGUGAAAAGCGUCAUAUUUAUUCAAUUUUUACAUGAGAAAUUUUUUUAUUUAGUCAAUUUAAAACUUGAACAGAAAUUGUAUAAUAAUUUUUAAAAACUGAAUGCUUUUACUUAUUCUGUAUGUUGGUAUUCCCAGUUCUAAUAAUUAUUUGAUGAGAAAAUUGCAUUUUUAAUUGUUAGUUUUCAAUUAUUCAAUGUUGGAAGGUACAUUGUAAAACAAUAUAUAAUCUAUUUAUUUUUUAUGUGAUGGAUGUGAAAAUGAAUUGGUAAAUAUUUAAAUUCCAAUAUUUUAAUUCAAAUUAAUUUAUUAUAUAUAUUUACGAUACCAAAAAGUGUACUCUUUGGUAUCUUACAUAACCCCGCAAUAAUUAUCUUUGUAUUUAUAUAUAAAUUUCUUUAAUUUCUCAAUUAAACAUUUGCAAUAUGUUUUUGUUAAUAAUCCACUAAACAUUACUUUUUAUAUUUCAAACUAAUUUUGCUAUUUAUCAAAAUAUAUUUAUUUCUAUUGAGAAAAGUAAUUACAUUUAAAAGAGGUCACAAAUUAAGUAAAUUUAUUAACAAAAACAUGAAAAAAGGUAUAAGAUAUUUAAGAAAUAUAUACUGCACACUGAACUGUUCGAAAAGCUAUUUUACACUUAUUGUGUCCCUCUCCUAUUAAAUAUAAUAUCACAAAAUUUUCAAGAAGACCCCGUUAUUUUAGAAAAACAUAAAACAAAUCUGCUAAAGCGGCGGAUGCGAGCAUUUGUGUUUCUUUGAUUCCUCAAACUUACUUCAUAGUAUUUUAGUUAGGAUUAUGUUUGUAUUUACUUAACAUCAUCAAAAUAUAAUGUAACAAUAUUGUCUGAUAUUAUCACAAAGUACUAUGGAAUAUAUUUGUGCAAUUACAUAAGCAAAAUUGGUACUAAUCUCUGCUUCAUAUUCCAAUGAACAUGUGAACAAAUUAUUGCCUGUUUGUUGACUUUAUGUUGCCUGGUAAUGUCUAUACCAUGUACUGGUUGUCAAUUUGACGUUGAGCACAUUUCAAAAAUUUGCAAAAAAAAUUCUGUCUAUGUUAGUUGCAGAGCAUUUUCAACACAAUAAAAUCCUAAGAUCGACUGUAAAUAGCAUUUUGAAGUAGUAAAAUCUGGGCUCAUAUGACAACACACAACUUUUGUGACAUAAAUUUUUAGUUUGGUUCAAUAACUAUUUUGUAAUUGAUAGUAAAAAACAAAAAAUUGGCAAAUCCAAACUUUUAAAUAGUGACAAUAUUAUUAUAUAUAAAAUUUGUAGAUACUAUAUCAUUUUAAUCAAAAUUAUUGGUUUAUAAUUGCGCUAUAGUUCAUCUGGAAAAUAUUAAAAUGAAUCGUACAUCAAAAAAUGGUAAAUAGUGAGUCACUUUUUGUGCAGUCAGUGUUAUUGAUUCAGUGAAAACUUUCAUUAUCAAAUUUUAUUUUCAAUUAUCCAAAUUAAAUGUAUUUAUUAAAAAGAGGUAGGAGGAAGGUACCGACUAUAUCCUGUAGAAAAUUCUUUGCCCAAAAAUAAGUGCAUUAGAUUGGUAUAAUCUAUCAUUCAUAAGAUAAAAUUUGUGUCAAAUAUUUUAGAACAUUUUUAUAUUAAUUUUUUCAUAAACGCCCAUAGCCAUUUCAUGGAAGGAUAAUUUUUUAGUUCCAUUAAUAUGCAGAGGUCUCAAAGAUAAAUUCAAUUUUGUGUGGUUAGAAAUUUUGUUAAAUAAAAUAGAUAUUAAAAUUAUAAAACAUUACGCUGCUCAAAACGUAGGUAAUUUUAUGGAAAUAAGAUUUAAUAAUUAUAAAAUAGACAACGAAAUGUGAAAUUUUAGAAUUAAAAAGGUAGAUGAGUUAUUAAAAACUUUAUUAUAUAGGUACGAUCUCUUUGUAUUACAAAAUAACACAAUUAUAUUGUUUUUUCAAUUGAUAAAUAUACAAAGUCAAAAUUCUUGGACCCCUAUAUUUUGAAUAAAGAUUUUUUUUUUGAAAAAACUAUUAAUGAUGUUACAUUUACCCUUAGUCGCAUGGAUUAGUACUUUCUAUACAAAGAAUAAAAUAGAAGCUGGUUUUUCCAGUUACAUACCGACACAUUAAAUAAAAGUAGAGUUUCUUUUUUUAUAAUCUUAUUACUCUCUGAAAAUUAUAGGAUGGGUCCGAGAAUUUUCAUGAUAUAUGUGCAUCAUAUUUUUCAUUCUAAUAUACAUUUACCUAUCUGAUAUCAUUGGUAUUUAAAAAUUUAGUUUUUGUAUCUACACUAACUUUUUUUAUAUUUAUUGAUAGUUUUACUCAUUUUUAUUUGAAGCUGGUCUAUCCCCAGUAAGUGAUAAAUAUAUAGACGUAGCAAUAAAAUCAACAUACAAAUGAAUAAAAAAAUACGUAAAAAUAAAGAGUUCUAGGUAGUCUGUAGACACGCACAAUCAAUAAAAUAGUACAACCGAAAUUAUAUCUUGAUAUCUUGUUAUUCAAAUUAUUGAAUGAUGUGUAGAAACCCAAUAUUUCUGUCAUAAAUUUUCUUUAUUUUAGGAUUCUAAUUUUCAUUAUUUCCAAAAAUAAAAAUAUAACAAUUAUGAAUUCCCAUACACACAAUGAAGUUUUCUAAAGUAUAUUUACCUAAUUGCCAUAUGCUGGCAGGUAGUCAGAACUUCAACAGUUGUCUCACUUAUUUUUGUAAAUUGUAAUUGCUGUCAUUUUUAUAAAGAGGAAUUUGUGAGAGUGUACCAAUGAAGCAGAUAUGGGAGUAGCUUCCACCAUUUACUAGUGGUAGAAGUCUCCAUUUAAUAAUUAUUUUAUGAAUUCUGUACAUUCGAUCAUAUAUUUGAGUAAAUAUGUAAUUUAUAUAUAUCAUUUACUAUUAACUUUUAGGUGCUGAUCUAUCAUCCACUCUCAAAAAUUUAUCUUUAUCAAAAAAAUAACUUACAAAUUGUUACUAUAAGUUUAUACAGAUUAUAAUUUUUCUUCUUUGCGGUCUGUUCAAAUGUUACACAAAUAAUGACUGAGUGCUAAGUCCUAUUACAAGAAAAGAAAUUUGAAAUUCUUUGUUUUCUUGUAAAUUUGUCGCAGACUCUAUUUUAGACGAUCUAGUGAACAAUAGUUUAGUAAAUUAUUAUAAUAACUUGAAUGUCUUCUCUGUGGUGAAACACAUGCAGCUCAAGACACUAGCCUUAUGUCGUAUACGACUGGUAGAAUUAUAUUUAUAUGGUUAUUGUAAUUUCUAUUUUUUGUGCAAUAGUAAAUCGUUUGUCAAGUUAUAAUUCAAUAACUGUAACUUAUUAUUAGGUGCUGCUUUUUAAAUAAUAAAUCAUAAUCGAAAUAAA